CUCUAUCCGAACGCUCGGAGACUAUAGCGAUUUAUACUUGAAAACCGACGUACUGUUGUUGGCUGAUAUCUUUGAGAACUUUCGCGAUAGUUGCAUUGCGAGUUAUGGACUUGAUCCCGCAUAUUUUUAUACUUUACCGUUUCACAUGGGACGCAAUGUUGAAAUAUACACAUGUAAAUUUUGAACUGCGGACAGACAUUAUUAUGAUUUUCUAUUGGUCGAUAUUUGGUUGAUGGCUGAUCUCCCUUCAGAUUGAUCAGAUGGCGCAUGCUGUUUUUCCGGCAUGCGGAGCCUCUCUGUUCAGAUAUGUAUGAUUCAAGACUGUAUUGUUGUUAUGUAUCUUUUCGGACGUAAUAAUAAAAAGGAAGUAUCUCUAUCAAAUCGUUGAUGCUGAUUGCACCUCUAAAUUGUCGUUACAACAAUUUUGGCGACGAGGUGAAAAAAAAAAAAAAAUCUGACAUUAUAUCGAACGAGAUAAGGAAACAAAUAAAUAACCAACCAUGGAUCAGGAACAGUUUCAACAAUUCUUAUCCUUAAUAAAUCAGAGCCAGCAGCAGUUAAUCACGCGUGUAUUAUCUGCCCAACCUCAAGGGAGCUCUCAGCAAGGUACCCAACCUCUAAUCAAUACUACACUUUUACCGUCAUUCGAAAAUUUCGACGCCAAGAAGGAAAGCUUCAGGUACUAUCGUCAACGAUUUGAAAAUUACUUACAAAUCAAAGGUGUUGCAUCAGACAAAGCACUAUGUGCAAAAAUGCUCUUAAAUUCUAUCGGUGCUACAUACUAUAAUAUGUUAGCAGCAUUAGUAGCUCCUCAAAUGCCCACAAUGCUAGAAUACCAAAAUCUCGUAGAAGUCUUAGAAAAACAUUUGUGUCCUAAAAAGAAUAUUUUAGUUGCACAACAUCGAUUUCUGUCAACGUAUCAAAACGAAAAUCAAUCGUUAGCCGAAUACACAGCACUUCUACGCCGGGACAUUGCUGAUUGUGAAUUUAUAUCACCAUGCGACUGUAAAGUUUUUAUUGCAGAAAUUUUCUUACGUGCACAGUUUAUUAGAGGUAUAAAAGAUAAUUCAAUUCGUGAACAGCUACUUCAAUCCAAUGUCUCCACGUUCAAAGAAAUUUCAGAAAAAGCCCUAGCACUGGAAGCUUCAAAAAUCGACAGCCGUGAACUUUCAAAAAACCAGCCAGCCGUACAUUCAUUUAACACGGAAGACGUUAACAAAGUAAUAAAGCAACAGAAAUCCAGACGUGAUACUUCAACAUCAAGGAAAAGAAACAGCGAGAAAAAUCCAUCAAGACAUAACCACCGACCCAGAUCCAAAUCAAGGAUUGACUACAAGCGACUAGGCAUCGAGGGAUUAUGUCUACGUUGCGGAAACAACAAUCAUUUAGCAAAAGAUUGCCGAAUAAAAAUAUCAUCUUUAAAAUGUACUGCAUGUAGUAAGUCUGGCCAUUUAUCAAAGUCAAUAUCGAAGGACAACCUCAAACUUUUGAAGUUGAUUCAGGAGCAGGAGUUACAUUACUUCCACGAAAAGAAUUCGAAAAGCUUAAACUAAAAAUCAACCCCCAAAAAUCUACAAUUGCAUUCCGGUCAUAUACACAAAAUGUAUUUCUUCCAGAUGGAGAAAUAGAAGUCGAA